GACAUAAAGGAAGUGUGUGUGGUUUUUUUUUUUUUUUUUUAGUUAUCAAAAGUAGUUGGCGAGCCGGUGCUCGAAACCCAGUCGGUUAUAGCUAGUGUGAAGCAGGGUUAGAAGUGAAGUACACGACGGUGUUGUCCCGCCUGAGCCUCGGUGGGAGUCGCCGGUGCGGAGGGCGCUGUGCUGUUGAGGGACGAAGGAACGGAGAGUUUCUCCUCCGGGCAAAAGUGAAGUGUGAGCUCGGCGCGGGACCGCGGCUCGUCCCCGCUCUCCGGGACUUCAGCUCACUUUGCUCUUUAUUUUCUCUCUUUCUCAGGCGGACACUGCAACGACGACACAGGAUCGCGUGCCGGCUUUUAUUUAUUUAUUUAUUUAUUAUUAUUAUUUUCUUUUUUUGCAACAGGCAAUUUGUCCUGUGCCGUUCUCCGAGGAUCUUUCACUGUGAUCUCGGUGAAAGCCUAUUUCUCGGUUUCUGAAGCUCCGGCUCGGCUGAAGCCUCGAUCGCCGCAUGCCUGCGAAUGCAAUGGUUUGGUUUAACGCAAACGUUCAACAGCCCGGCUCCGCGAGAUACAAAAGUGCGAUUCUGACUUUUUUCCAAGCAUCCCGAGGACUUUUUACUGGACAGUCGUUCUUUUUUUCUGAGCACGCGCGUGAAAUGGAAGAUAAAGCGAUCGCUUUCUUUCCGUGAUUUUUGUUCGUCCAUAAACCGUGUCUCUGCGUGUUGUGUUUAUUUUUCGCCUCUCUCUCUUUCUCUCUCUCCGCCAACGGGACAGUUUCAGCUCAGCGCCACACACCGUGUCUUUUGCUGAAAGUUGUGUGAUGGUUUCGGUGGUAAAGCGGCGGCUUUUAACGGCGGACAGAGUCCGGUAGAGGUUGGUGGAGAGUGCGGUGGGAAGCCGCGCGCGCGACUCGAGGCGGGGUUAAAGUUCAUCACGGAGCGCUGAGGCAGCGCCGCUCGCGCUUCGCCACAGUCGGAAAUGUGAAAGCAAGCAAGAAGCAGCCUUUAUUUUUCCCCCCUCUCUCCCUUUUCUGUCUGUCUCUUCUUUUUUUUCUUUUUCACACACACAUACACAGGCGGACGCAGCGAUCACUAGUAAACGGACACACGCAGGCUACACAUACACACACACACACACACAUACACACACGCACGCACACACACACACGCGCGCUCACACACACACACUCACACAUCAACACGUACAUACAUAAACACGCCGAUUCGUUACAGUUAUCCAAACAUACACACACAUACAUACAUACAUACACACACACACACACAUACAUACACACACUUCCCAAAUUCGAGCACCAGAUAUGUAUUCUCCGCUAUGCCUAACACAGGAUGAAUUCCAUCCUUUCAUCGAAGCACUGCUGCCCCACGUGCGUGCGUUCGCCUACACUUGGUUUAACCUGCAGGCCCGCAAGCGAAAGUACUUCAAGAAGCACGAGAAGCGCAUGUCCAAGGAAGAGGAGCGCGCCGUGAAGGACGAGCUGCUGAGCGAGAAGCCUGAGGUCAAGCAGAAGUGGGCGUCGCGGCUGCUGGCCAAACUGCGCAAGGACAUCCGGCCCGAGUUCCGCGAGGAUUUUGUGCUCACCGUGACGGGGAAGAAGCCUCCGUGCUGUGUGCUCUCCAACCCCGACCAAAAAGGCAAAAUGAGGAGGAUCGACUGCCUGCGCCAGGCAGACAAAGUGUGGCGCUUGGACCUGGUCAUGGUGAUUUUAUUCAAAGGUAUUCCCCUCGAAAGUACUGAUGGCGAGAGGCUGGUUAAAUCACCGCAGUGCUCGAACCCAGGGUUGUGCGUGCAGCCGCAUCACAUAGGAGUUUCAGUUAAAGAGCUGGACCUGUACUUGGCCUACUUUGUACAUGCAGAAGCUACGCAGUCUGAAAGUCCAAACCAGUCCAGUGAAGGCGAUGUUAAGGACCAGCCAGAAAAUGGACAUCUGGGCUUCCAGGACAGCUUCGUUACAUCAGGCGUCUUCACCGUCUCCGAACUUGUCCGAGUCUCACAGACCCCGAUUGCGGCAGGGACAGGACCCAACUUCUCACUGGCAGAUUUGGACAGCUCCUCUUACUACAGUAUGAGCCCAGGGGCUAUGAGGCGGCCCCUACCCAGCACCUCUUCUAGCAGUUCUGCAAAACGGAUUAAGUGUAUGGAGGAGGAGGUGGACAGUCCAGGCGAGGAGUCCUACUACCCUGGUCAGGGGCGAUCCCCAGGCAGCGGAAGCCAAGCCAGCAGCUGGCAUGAAGUAGAGCCAGGAAUGCCAUCGCCCACCACAUUAAAGAAGUCAGAGAAGUCUGGUUUCAGCAGCCUCGUGCCUUCGCAGAGCUCCUCCUCCCCCCGAACGGCAUUCACACACCAUCAUCGAGCAGUCAUUACAGGACCCAGAGCGAGUCCUCACGCCACGCCGUCAAGUCUUCAUUUCCCGACGUCUCCAAUCAUCCAGCAGCCUGGCUCCUACUUCUCUCACCCUGCCAUCCGCUACCACCCACAGGAGACGCUCAAGGAGUUUGUCCAACUUGUCUGCCCUGACAGUGGUCAGCAAGCUGGACAGGUGGGCUUCUUGAACCCCAAUGGCAGCAGUCAGGGGAAAGUUCACAAUCCAUUCUUGCCCACGCCCAUGUUGCCCCCACCACCGCCCCCGCCCAUGGCGCGACCUGUGCCACUGCCCGUGCCAGACUCUAAACCUCCCUCCACUACGGCCGAGGGAGGGGGCACCUCGCCCACCUCGCCAACCUACUCCACACCGAGCACGUCCCCCGCCCAGCGCUUUGUCAGUGUGGGCCCCAGAGACCCCAGCUUUGUAAAUAUCCCUCAGCAGCCUCAGUGGUACCUGGGCUAAGGACACCAGAUUCAGACCGGCCUCUCCCGAGCUCAAAUGCUUCUCCCUGCCUCCCCUGAGUGUGACCUUCUAUGUGCCCAUCGGUGUGACGCGCCAGGAUCUGCCGGCCGCCCUCAACGCCCACAGACCCAGCAGCAUGGCUACAGCAGAACCCAGAACAAAUCCAAACAAAUCAACUCAACACGCUUACAACAAACAUACUCAGUAUCUGUAUAUCCCAUAUAUAUUCCUCCAGAUGUAUGGUUUCUAUUCUUAUAUUCAUAUAUAGUAACUGCCCAGGUCCUCUAUCUUCGGGAGAUUGGGCUUGAAAACGGAGAGAUCUGAUUUACUUGGAACCUUGCAUGAAUUUUUUUUUUUUUUUUGUUCAACCAGAUAAGGAAAACAUAAUGUGACACAAUCAAAGAGCUUCCUUCAGUCCGUGACUGUACCCAGUCUCAUCGAGAGCCGAAUAUCUUUAUCACUAAUUCCUGAAUUUGUUGCAGUUUCACGUAUCGGCUACGUGAUUUGAUCAUCCCGGACUGGCGCUCCCCGUGCUCCUCUCCCCCGUGUUUGGCAGGAUCUGGCGGAUCUGGCGGUUUUCGGGUAGAACCCUAGUUCUGCUUGUGGACUUCUUACAAAGGUUUUACUUGGAUCAGAUAUUCCACCAGCUAAAACCUCUCUCUUGACUCAAUAGUCUGCUCUGACCAGAACUGUUCAUCCAUAUCUUCACCGCCGAGACCUUCAGCGCCAUGCCCACGGCCCAACAGACUUCAUGUGCCGGGAAAUGGCAAAUAUGAGAAGAAAUUCCCCUGGUUUGUGUCUCGGGGCAGGAAGUGAGAAGAUGGUGAUGUUUGAUAUGAGCUCAGAAGGCUGUAAAGUGAAGAAUUAAUACGGGAGAUUUUUUUUUUUUUAAAGAAAUUGUCUCCCAAUUGUCUUGGAGAUGCGUUCAUAUUUUGUUUUUGUGUUUUUGAGUCAUUUCAGUUGUUUCUAAUACACCCCAUGUAAAGUUCUGCUAUUAGAGAGAACGGGCGGAUAGAAAGGCUGAGCUUCCAUUCAUUAACAUGACAUAAGACAAGCAUAAUUGGUGGUAAAUGGAAUUUUGAAUGGAGGAAAGUGCAAUUUUGUUGGAAAGCUGUCAGAUUGUUAAAUAUCUUUUGUAAGAUAGAUCAUUGCAGCGAUUGUUGAAAAGUAUAUAUCUAUAUAUAUUUUUCUUCCUAGUCCAUUCACACCUCUGGGACUCUAAAAUAUCGGGGUACAAAAAUAGAUCAAAUAGCCUAGUGAGAAAUAGAGGGAGCUGUACGUGCUUAUUAUUAUUAUUAUUUUUCUUUUCUUUCUUUUUUUUUUUUUUGGAAAUGUUCGUUCAUCUUUGUAAAUUUGUUCGUAUUGUAGAACAAAUAUCCCUUUAAGGAAAUUUAAACAAUCAAUUUUAAAACAUUUUGACCACAUCAUCCACUCAUUGACAUUUAGACUGCUGUGCAAGUUUGUUUCCAAAAUGCGUAUUAACUUAUUUUAACGAAGCACAUAAUGCAGGAGCAGUAGCUGUUCUUAAUUUCUCAUCAGGCAAACUCCAUUGCAUGUAACAUAAGAAAGAUUUGAUCAUAUCAGCAGCUUCGGAAAUGGUUGGUUAUGAGAGCUCUCAGAAUAGGAGGACUAAUCUGUGGUCAGUUUCUAGAUAUAUAUAUAUUUUUUUUCGAUGUUCUGUAUGGACAGAUCCCAGCACUCUUACUCGUAAAACCUUUCUACAUUCAGUAUGGUCCUUUUUCUUCUUCAGCUGAAAGCUCUUGUGCCUGUUCUGUGACCACAGACUGGUAGUCGAUGCCGAGGUGACACACACACACACACACACACACAAAAAAAAAAAAAAACAAAAAAAACUUCUGUAACCUUUAUGAAAGUGUUAUAAACAAAACGAUGAAGAAAAAAAUAACAAAUGUGAAGAUCAGACAAAACACGAAUGCAACCGCAGAGCGAAGCCUUUUCUUUUCUCAUUUGCUUCGCAUGCGAUUUUAACCAUUUAUUCUUUAUUUGACUUUUCUUUCCUACAGUACAUAUAUAAUGAAUACACGUACACCUGACUCAUCCACUGUUGAUCAAAUCUCAGAAAAGUAAGGAAAAAAAAUAACUAAAAAAAAAUAAAAAAAAAUCUGCAUGUUCUAGUGUUAGUGACAAAUUUUUACAUAGAUUAUGUAGAGUUAAAGUAGUGUGAAUAAAGACACAAUAUUGUAAUCCCAACUCCAGGCACUUGCCAAAUCGAGUAUUUUGUUUGGCCCCUUUAAACCUAGGGUAUUUUUACUGCUGUCCUCACAAUCAACCAGUCUUUGUGAUUCUCUUUAGCUUCUCAUCCUUUCUCUAUAUUGUCCCUCCCUCCUUUUGUCGCCUUUAAAACAAUCAUCCUUUUUUUUUUUUUCUUGCAAGAGCAAUCCAUUUUCUCUUCUCAAAUUGCUCGGAAAACAAUUGUUCCUCAUCGAUGUGCCUUGAGUGAUGUUUUAGUCCUGAGCUGAUUCACGAGUCGCAGUGCUUUUUACUUCCCAGAUCUUUUCCACCAUGCUGCUGCUAUGCAGGGAAUCAGAGAGUGAAGCAGACCAUAGGAACAUGUGCUAAUAAUACAGUAAGAGGAGCAGUGUAUGAGCCCAGGCCUUGUGAUACAGCAUCCUUGUACGAGACUCGGUCUCGUGCUACUGUGUUAAUCAUGCGGAGGCCCUCGUUAGUUGUAUAGUCAAUAGGAAAAAUAAACAUUUAUUAGUGUAACUGUUAUAGUUCUGACACCCAGGCCCUAGGUAGUGUAUUGAUAUUUAUGGAUGUUGCUGCAAUUAUUUCGAAAUGGAAUUUUUUAUUUUUUAUUUUUAGUCUUCCUGUUUUUGUUCCCAGAACAGUAAAAAUAAGGAAAUGAAAAAUACAUUAAUGAACUAAUAUGCAAUACUCGCUUGCACUCAUUUUUCCUUUCCCUUUUUUUUUUUUUUUUUUUAACAAAGUUAGCGUUGCACUUGACUGGCUGGUUGUUGGCAGAUUUGUUUUCAUUAAAACUCCACACCAGUCGUGUUUAGGUAUUCUACUUUCUUUGCGCUUGAUCUAAAUGACCAUUCACGUAUUAAAGUUCCUCUUUCUUUUCCUUUUGGUCACGAGCAAGCCUUAAAAAACAAGGAAACUUCCUCUCCAGUACAAUGUUUAACAUACAUGCAUUUAAAGAUUUAAGAAAUGACAAAACACCCAUUUUAUGUACAUGUUGAUCUUCCAUAAUAACAUGUUUUCUUGUCUAUUCCAUAUAUAUCAUUUAAGAGGAAAAAAAUAUCGCGAAAAAAAAUUUGUUUUCCAAGUGUCUGAUAUGGCAUUUUAGUGGUUACACUUGUGUGUGUGGAUUGUGUGUGCUUUCUUUCUUUCUUUCUUUUUUUUUCUAUUAUUUUUUGUUAGUGUGUCAGGAUUUUUAUUUUUUUAAAUUUUUUUUAUGGUUCUUGCCUACCCUUUAGUAAUGAGUUGGGCAUUAUUUCCUUAAUUAUCUGCACUAAAUACGAAAGAAUGACGGUUUUGACGAUUAAAAAAAAAAAACAACAACAAAAAUAAAAACUGCUUCCAGGGCUUAAAAAAAGAGCAAAGGGAAAAAAAAAUCGAUUGCACGAACAUUUUAUUUUAUUUUCUUUUUUUUUUAGUCACAGAAACUUAGUUUAGUUUAAAAGCAGCCUAGCAUCUAAUCAGCAGGAUAUCAGGCUGCGUGUGUAAAAUAAAGACAAAAAAUUGCACCCUUUUUAAAGAAAGACAAAAAAAGAGAAAAAGAAUAUAAAAGCAAUAGCUUGGGCAGUUUGUUUUGUUUCUUGUGUCGUGUGUGUACUUUUGGUUAGUUUUCGUUUUUGUUUGUUUUUAUUUUGUUUAUUUUUGGAUGGGGGGGGGAUUACAAACAGAGUUUUGGGAAGAAGAAGAACAAAUCUAAUUGAAAUGGAGAAGAGAGCUAGGACUAGGAUGCCGCUGAGUAUGGGAGAUCUGUUGUUUGUAUAUUGUAUAGUUUUAUUAAUUACACUGAUUUUAAAGCUGCCCUAUUUUAUAAUGCAGGACUUUUGUAACAUUGAUUAAAUGAGGAAAAACUAGUGUUGUGAAUUUUUGCAUCGUUUGUAAUAAGGCCACAUCAAUAGAACUGUUUCUUUUGGGUUUUUUUUUUUUUUUUUCCCUUUUGUUUGUUUGUUUGUUUGUUUGUUUGUUCUCUGGGGAACUGGAUUUAAGUUGAAAACUUUCCUGUUUCCUGAUUUAUCAUUGUUUUCUUUCGCUUUCCUUUUUUGUAUGUAUUUAAAGCCUUUUUUUUUUUUUUUGGUUCCUUUCCUUCUUUUGAUGGUAUAGAGUAUUUCCUAUACUUGAAAAGUAUAAGGUAUUGAGGUGAAAGCCCCAUUGUAAAUGGAUGUUACAAGUAUGCUUGCUGUAUGUUUUGAAGGUUCUUUGUUGCAUCAGUGUUGAUGAAGCUAAAUUUAGGUAAUUCUGAGGAUGUUGGUAAGAAAUGAGAGCGUUUUUAUGCAUUUUAAAAUUAGUUUUAGGCAGAAGACAAUGACAUAGACAGCCAAAGGAUGCCCCUAUUAUAAAUGCAUCUAGGCAUCUUUUUGUGUUCACCAUUCCAUGCAGGAAAAUAAACAGCUUGAUAUGCAACAUGAUUCUUUUUCUCUUCAACAUCUCUCCAUCUCUCUCUGUCUCUCUCUCGCUCUCUCUCUGUCUCUGUCUCUCUCUCUCUCUGUCUCUGUCUCUCUCUCUCUCUCUCUCUCUCUCUCGACCACCUCUGCUAACCGAGCAUGGAGUCACAGCACGCUGAGAAGCAUUCUCUCCAUGUCACUACACUGCUGCGGCUCUUCUUAUUGGCUCAGCUACACACACACACACACACACACACACACACACACACAGUUGGGAUUGAAACGACUAGGAAUGAGACAUUUUAUGGUAUAUCUGGCACCAGUUCUCAUUCAAACUUUUCAGUUGUAGCGAGUAUACACACUCUUUUUACUCCUUGAACAGAAAAUAUUAAUUAUUUGUUCAGCAAAGAUUAUUACACCUUCAUUUUUUUUGGUCCACUGCAUGAAUCUUUCAUAAUGAAGUGUGAAGCCUGAGCGCCAGCUAGGCCAUGAAUAGAUCUAGCACAUUACCCUAAGCAUUUAUUCCCAUCAUACAUUGUAAAAUCAUAGGCACUUAAAUACAGCCUUGAUUCCGAAUCCUUGGUGUCCAGAGCGGUGUCCGUAUGUUUGCUUGGUUUUUCCUAACCCACCAUCAACACCUCGCCACACCUCAACUGCAUACCCACAUACAUCAUUUCCAUCAAUGGCACAUUUCGAAUCAGUUUCUCAUCCCACAGACUGUAUCAGAUAUAAAACAGAUGUCUUCAUGUUGAGGUUAUAUUUUUCUUCUUUAUAAGACUUUAUUCCACUGCAAAUGUUUCCACUUUCCAAUCACAGCCACAGUCAACUCUUAUGUCGCGGUAAUUGUAGACGAAUUUGUGAAAAGGGAGGAAAAUUUAAGAGUAGCUGUGCUGUAACUGCACACUGAGGGAAAUCUUCUCAGCAUGGUUCAUACCAAAACUAUUACCUCCCACCUCGACUGUUGACUUCUACCCAUGACUCCCAUCUGCUUAUGAAAGGGUUAAAGGCCAUCAUGUUAUGAGGCUCCGUCGCCGUUGCUGUCGUCACCACCAUCUUUUGUGUGAUUAAACCUUUCCAUGUGAUUAUUUGAAAUAGUUAUGACAGGAGUCUUGUGGGUGGUUUGAAGUAAAACUGGCCAGAGUCUGAGGUGACAUUAUAUUAAUAUCAGGGUAACAUUCAGUCACAGUACAAAAUUCUACCAUCAAACUAGAAGACAUGACUGAUAUAGUCCGCAACCUCAUUUUUGUGUCCUGGAGGACGUUUUCAGGCAUGGGAAAGUGCAUGUGUGUGCAAAUCUUUUCUACUGCUGGACAAUCAGCACCGAUUAACAAGCUCUCUCACGUCAUGUCCAUUCACUUAUUUCCAUUUAUGAUAUAAUCUGGUUAAAAAAAAACAAAAAAAACAUUGAAAGCCCUUCAAAGAUGUAGUUUAAGGAAAAAAACCGUCUAACAUUUUUAUACGGACCUACAAAGAAACAAAAUAGACGCAGCCCUGUAAAACGCAGAAUCAGGCUGAGGCAGGUAGCUUAUCCGCAUUCUCAACUAAUCCAGGCGCUUUGUCACUCUCCCUACUAAAAUUGUUGGUGCUACCUCGGUUGAUAAGACAGAAGAUAACUCCAGACCAUCGUGAGCGAUCCUGCUGAUCCACCUAGCAGUCUUAUCUGCAUGAGAACUAUGCACUCGUGAAAUGAACGCUAUUCCAAACCAAGUUUGGUAUCUACCUUCGUUUAACUUUUACCUUUGUGUCAUGGAUUUUUUUUAUUUAGUUCAACUUCUGUUGAAAUGUAAUGAAAAAAAAACAAAAAAAAAAACAACGUAAAAUAAACGCAAACCAGCAUUUUAACUGAUACGUUUAAAAUUGUAGUGCCUGUGAAAAUCUGUAUAAUAUUGCUCUUAUUGAUAAAUACGGUUUAUACAUUUUUUUUGUCUCUUAACACCGAUAGCCUUUGCUGUGUUUCAGAGCCCUUGGACUAUAACUGAUAUUCAAUAUCCAUGGACUAUAAUCUGCAUGAUCCCUCUGUACUCACCUAGUGAAGCUCUUAAUGAAUAUGACUAGAAGAAGAAAAAAAAAACUUUUUUAAAAAUCAUUUUCUUCAGAAAGCUGUCUCUCCCAAUGAACAGAUUUAUUUAUUUAUUUUUGUUCAAAUAUGCUCAGUCUAGUGUAGAAUCAAUUACAUUUACUCUAUUUUCACUUUGUUUUUAGACAUUUGUGUCAUUCCUCUCUCAUACAAUAUAGUCCUCUUAUAUACAGUAGUAGCACCAUGGAAACCACACACACACACACACACACCAUUCUAGCAUCAGCAGGCCGAAGGGAAGAUCCAAAGGGGUCUUCAUUUGAUGAAGCGUCAUGUCCUGGCGAGAACAAAAUCACAUAAGUGAUUCCCUUGUGUUGUUGAAAUUGUUGAGCGCUAGCCUCAGUGGACCGUGGAUCAAUGCGAGGAUCUUAUACGAGGUGUUCAGCCUUACUUGAGGCAAAAAGGAACCUUGCUGAAGAGCGUGUGGAUUGUGCAGGGCUAGGGGAAGUGAGCUCUGGUGGCUCUCAGGACUAUUUAUUGAUGUGAAAGCAGAUGGAGCGGGUCAAAAGUUAAGAGUCCAGCCUAUCAAAGUUGAGAAUACCUUUUUGAAUGGCAGGAACGCCUUCGCUGAUCCUUUAGUCUGUGCGGUGACUUGGUUGUCCAAAUUGCUGAGUAAUAAUAGCAGAAUUUGUUGAAAAGAUGUCGCACUUUUUCACCAACAAGGUGCUGGUGUCUAAAUGCAGCAGUAUGUUGCAGGUCUGGAACCAGGGUUUGGUUACAGAAUUCAGAUUGUUGCAGUGACAACAAAUUGAGCGAGUCAUUUUCAUGACCAUAAUUGAGAUAAGACACGGAUUACCCAGAGAGUUUUAAAUAUCACAGUAAGAAUGAGUGAUCUGAGAACAAAAUGAACACCUAACUGCCAAGUUUGAGUUACAGAACUUCAUUUAAGCAAAAAUUGGCAAAGUCGUGUCUCUCGUUUCUUUCUUCACCUGUUGUCUGUACUGAUUUCUCUGAUGUUUAUAGACACAGAAGGAGUUGAUAAAACCCCCCUUUUUUCUUCUUUUUUUUAGAAAAAUGUUUACUAUUUUUACACCAUUCAGAAAUUAGUACAAUUCCUGAUCUCUGGUUUUUCAGGACCAGCUCUGUGUUGUUGGAAAAGUGUUAGGUGCAUGCAAUCCUGUAGUGUCAGUGUGUGUAAAUAGUGAUAUGUGACAUUUGUGACUGAAAUGGGAAAUUUUGAAAUUCAGGAAAUGUGCUAUCGGAGUGUGUUGAUCAUUAGUAUGUAAGUUUGGAUCUCUGAGCCUGAUCUUAUGAAGACAAUCCUGCUCAUCUCUGAACCGAGCCGAGUAGCAGAAUGCUGUGUGAUGCUACACCGCCGUCCUCCAACCAUCUCCACACAUCCGUCAUCUUUAUCUUCACCCUCCCUAUACGCAUCAUUUGCCUUUUACUGAGUAAUCAAACUUCAGUUAAGAAGAAAUCAAACGAAACCUUGUGCCUCUAUUACACUUGCUGAUGAGAAACUGUCAUUUCAAGCACCCGGUGUUUGUUAUGUCAUGUUAUGGGUUCCAUCACUGAUUUGACUCCAUUGUGGUUCUGUGUUAAACCUCUGUGACUGACUGCUCUCUCUUUUUUUUCUUUUGUCCUGGAGUCAUAUGUAUCGCUUAACGUAGAAUCGGUUUUCGGGAUGUCGUAUCUUGAUGUAGCCUGUUGAAUCCGUACAGGUUAGAGUGAGCUGAUCCUACGUGUGCUUUUUAACUCUGAGUCACCUGAUACAUAUGGCCUCUGAGCUAAUCUGAGUACCUAUUAUUUGUUGUCUAUGUAAUGCCAUUUUUCUUUCUUUCUUUCUUUCUUUCUUUCUUUCUUUCUUUCUUUCUUUCUUUCUUUCUUUCUUUCUUUCUUUCUUUCUUUCUUUCUUUCUUUCUUUCUUUCUUUCUUUCUUUUUCAUUUCUUCUCUUUCUCUCUUUCUCAGCCCAUUACUGUGAUGACCACAUUCAUCCACUGAUUUACUGGAAGCAAGAUGUGCAUUUCCUAUGCAACAACAUCAACUGAAAAAAAAAAAGAGAGAAAUAAAGACGCUAAUGCUGAUCCUCUGCGUCACCGUGUGUUCCUUCCAUUACACACCUUCGAAUACUGUACACCCACCAGAUUAGUUUUUAUUCUACAUCACGCCAUGCUUCACUUUCAAACACGGACAAAAAAACAUGUGACUGCCGCAGACUUGCACUUGGCAUGGCACUUGGAUGGGCUGAUUUGACAGGCAUUAAGAGUGCAGUGUGUCAGAGCCUUUAAGAGGUGUUUGGACUAAUCCCGGCACUUUGUGGUUAGUUUGCUGAAGCCAGCUGUCUGGCUGACGAUGAAAAGCUAAACUGUGCUGCCAUCUUUCUUUUUUUAACCUCUCUCUCGCUCAUUCUUUCGCUUUGAAUCGUGUGUUUUGUUGCCAAAUGUAUCUUUCUACCUGUCAGGUUUAAUGCACAGUCCAUGCAGAAAAUAGAGCAGAAAAUAGAGUCAGACUUUAAAUGUAAAAUUCUGCAACACAUAUUCUGUAGGACUAUGUAUAACAUUUUAUUGUCGUAAUCCUCUGCUUUACUAUAAGCAAAGACAUUAAUAGGUGCAAGACACUCAACACAACCUGAGUGUGUGAUAAGAGCCACAGAAACAUGGACCGUCUGGGCAGAGCCCAAAAGUGGUAUAUUUCAGAUAGUCAAACACAGCAGAAUACAAAACCAGCAGAAAAUAAUACUCAAUACUUCUUGAACCUGUGUCAUACUUUCCUAUGUAAUACUCCAUAUGGUCUCUCUGACCCACCUUCCUGAUCAUUUUACUUUGACCAGUCGGGAACUGACUUACUGCCAUGAGUUAUAAAUACAACACUUACAACCCUUCAGAAUGUGAUGUACAUUGUAAAAUAAUCAGCUUCUUGGUGGGUGUUUAAGGUCGGACAGCAUGAUACCACUCCUUUGUCGACCAUUUUGCUAUAGCAGUGGGUGUUUUAAUCCUUACAUGCAGCACGAGAGCCAAUCUCGUAUGUGUCUGUGACUUAUCAGCUCUUCAGCUUACCUACUU